GACUUUCUCCCAUAUUUAUCUUCCCGCUUCUCCUGCAUAAACACUGUCAGCACUUUUGUAAGUAGGCUGUUCCGUAAUGCAUCUCCUCUUUAACUUUCGACGUUUGCCUUAAGUUUCGUGAACUUUGCAAUCGCUGUGGAAAAUCGAUCUGCUAAAGUUUUAUCAUGGCUGGCGAUAAGGGCAGCGCCCCUGCUACUCCGCGGGGCAGCAAGCUGAGACCAUAUGAAGAACAGCUUCUCUCUCAACUCUACGACUCCAUUCCUCGCGAAGUUGAGUCGUGUGAGCACGGCAGUGCAUCAGACAUGAAAAAGCUCACCAACGCGAACCUGCUUUGGAAGCUCGGCUACCUUCGCGUGAUGACCGACAAAGAUUCGAGGCUAGCCAUCUACUUACCUGACAGCAUCGCAGCCCUCCCGGUAGAUCUGAGCGUUGCGGCGUUGUUAAUUCUUGCAGACAAAGCGGUACAAGAUGCGUCGAGUUCUCUGGCGCCAGCGUCUCCGUCUUUGCUUCAGCUCUUGUUAACGAGCGGCGAACCCGGGACAGAUCUGAACGCAAAACUGACGGAGCAACAGCGCUGGAGCAUGACUCUGAUCCUCUUAGCCAGGUUUUUCCUCGAGCGCCUUCAGAUGAGCGGGGAUAGUAGUGCGUCCAGCUGCUCUCCGAAUAACCUCAACGACGGACAAACAUCCUUUGCGCGCAUCUGGCAACAGCACCCCUUUCAAAAGAGCGCUUUCGAAGCGAAGGUAGCUGUUGCGUGUGCGCUGAUUUUUGCAGAAAUGGAAAUCGAAAUUCCGGUGACGGAAACAAGCAAAAAUCAAUCCUUGGCAAGCUCCCCGACAAAGCCGACUGUAGCUUCACCACGCAACAGCCCGAACGCUAAAGUGGACACGUUUUCUGGGUACGCAAACGGGAUUUGGACUGGGCUUGUGAGUGGACUUGGGGGACUUGUGGGGAGUGACUACAUCCCGACACACGAGGACAGUGCGGCUUUUCAGGAAAAGGAAUUCUUACUGCGCGUGCCUAGUGACAUGCUUGCUGUUGGUUCGACUAAGGUUGGAAGAAGUGCCUCUAAGGAUAGAAAUCAAACGGCCGCGGCAGAUCCUGACCUAGCUGCGCUUCUGAAGCAGUUGUUGGUCGAGAACAUCAUGAAACCACUUUCGAAUCCGAAUCUGAAAGUUCGGCACGACUGCAAUUUUCGCUUCAUGGCUGACAAUGCCGGAAUCAAUCCGGUGGAACGAUUUUUCUACUUCACGACCACCCCGGAAAAAAAGUUUUUUCCUGCGUUCGCAGAAAAGUUGACCUGCGCUCAGCUGAAGUACGUCGUUGCCACCUGGUGCGCCGGCCCGGAGUUUUCCUGGGCCCGGGAAAAUGUUCCGCCUAACUUCUUCCAGAAAGUAGACACGACAAAGCAGAAGUGUCGGUUUCAGCCGGCCAAGGACCAUGUGGACAAAGACUCAAAGAAUUGGAUCGGCGAGGCUACGUACAAGAUGUGCGAGUACCGAGCGGACAACCGAGAGGGGAAAAACAUUCACGUCAGCUGGGCGGCUUUCUACCACAAUCGCCCCGUCACCUUACAGAACAUGUGCGAAACGGGUGGUGUGUGCGGUACCGUCUCCCGGGUAGGCACCGGAUUAGCGCAAUCCUUCGGCGUGCCUGCAGUUUGCGUGGCGCAGCCAGGCCACUGCGCUUUUUUGGCGCUCAAGGAAGCUACUAGUUUAGGCACUGCCGUAGCAUCAGCAGGAUCUACUUCCAACAGCAAAUUCUUUUGGUGUUUGCGGAACGGGAACUCGAGCCGCUUGGAAACAACCCGCCACGACAACGCGCACCUGACUUGGCGCGAGCAAACCGGAGGGCGGUCGAAGCAGUGCACCGUGGUUGCUUUGGUUUUACCCAAGCUGAACAACCGACCACGAGACGAUGUCGCGCCGUGGCGUAUGCAGGUGCUGGACUGGUGCGUGGCGACGCCCGAUGCGUACUUGCAAAGCGAGAAUUGCCGUGCCCUGGCGCUUUGGAGCCUGAAGACAGGUUUCGAGAUAAUGUUGGGAAACAGUGGCAGUUCCAUCAAAUUGCAAUUUCGCACAAAUUCGAACCGCCGGCCCUACCCGCUGAACAAGAAGAGGGCAACGUUGGAAAAAGUGUUCGACGCCGUGAUACGAAGUGUGCUUCUCUGCCCUGCAAACUACUACGCUUGGCUCCUGUACGCCGAAUUCUUCACGCGCAUACUGCCCGCCAUCGACUCCGAGGAAAGCCUGCACUUCGGCCAGAAACUUUACGAUCGCUACUACAAGCCACAACUCGCCGCGAUGCAGGAGUUGCAGCGAGAAAAACGAGGCCAAGAAUCCGGGGCUGCUCUGGACUUCUUGCAAAGCACCGACUUUGCCUCUGGCGUCUGCUUCAAGGACUACAGUACGUCGUCCAAGACAAAAAUCGACGCGGCGAGGACGCGUGGCAAACCUCUCGACCUUUUCGACGGCACCGAUUCUGAGUUUAUGACGAUGGACAACAGUUGCUCUUUGCUCUUCACCUUCAAGCAGGGGUGGAAGUUUUCCUGUAGCGGAAUUGCCAUCAAGUGGUGGGGGUUUUCCCGUGCACGGGACUGGACACUGUCCGUAGCUGGGAUGGUGUCGAAUAAGGACAACGCUCCGGUAACGCCGAGAGAUCCGGAUUUCAUCCCGAUCGCCUCGUCGGCGAGCGCCACGCUGAUCGAUGAAACCAGAAACCAGUGCAACGAGUGGUCAGUCGUGGAAAAUGUAGACUUUCGUGUUUUGGACAGCGUUCUACCUCCGUCCGGAGUGUGGUUCCUGCGGCUCGACAUGAAGGACGGGAAAAAGGAUCCGUGGAAUAUGAACAUGCUGCUUGGCCUGCGAAAGAUCAAAAUUUCCGGCUACCCAGCCGCAAAGGCGCAACUGGGGUUCGCGCACAUGCCACGGUGGUUCUGCGAGAACACCCUUGACAACAUGUAUCGCUCGCUCGAAAGAGAGGAUCAAAGCUUCAGUCCCCCCGCUCGGUCCGGUACUACUGCGACGAGCAAUCAGUCAAUACGUGGGCAGCUGAUGCAAGAGAGCUCAGCGCGGUUACAGUCCUACGCAGAAGACUUUCGAGCGUUCAAGAAUCGCGUACUCAUAGAACUAUCGCAGCCCGAGUAAGAACUAAGACGGUAGGGGAAGUGGCGCAAGGGCAGCUGUCGAUGUCGUUGCAGAUCGGCUUUUCGUCGGAUGAUCGGAAGAGAAAUACGAUCGUAUUUAUUUUGAUGGUAAUCGUCGUCGUGCCUCGUUGCUGCAGUCGCAAUCGCGUUGAAGAUUCUCGUGGUAGUCGUUUUGGAUUUUGGUGAUCGGGAGUUGUCAUCGGCGUACUACCGAUCGAACUGAUUGUACUCGUCACAACCAGAUGCGAAAUUAUCGUAGCAACGGUACAAAGAAAGCGACUGCGGCAGAUGGCCUGAUAAUUCGUCCCUCGAAUUGGAAUUUAGUUUGGGAAACAAGAUCAUGACGACUACACUCUUCCUUACCAGUGCGCAGCAGGGCCACCAGCACAUAUGACCACAAUGUCGCUGAAGACGUCGUUUUUUCUGAACUGCGACUCCGCGUACCAGAUUCGAGAUUUCAUCACUGCAACCAAAUACGCACUCCCCCCGCCACUGGAGCCGGAGUGUCCGUACUUGCAGCGCCGGUUCGAUAUUCAACGGCGUGACGUGCCGCAGUUGCCCGAAAAUUGUGUGGAAAAAACCUACCUUUACAAGACCGCCACCGGGAAGUGGCACAAGUGCUGCACGGAGGUAUCGUUGCGCUUUUAGAGCGGUAGAUUGAUGACGAGCAUGCGCAUUUGUCACUGAGUUUGUUCCUUUUUGGUCUUGCUGCUUCACCAAACGCAAACGAAAAAAAGUUUACAGUGUGCGCACAUUUAUUUCGAGCUGAACUUAGUCUGACUCGUCCAUUUUGACUUUCAGGUGCUAGGCCUCUCCGGUCUCGUGGACACGCGGGCACACAUGGUUUGUCAGCAGAUCGAAGCUAUCGGCACUGGGGUACGGAUUCCCAACACGGCUCUAUCCCGCGACGCAAGGUGGCAGUGCUUUCGUACUCGGCCGCCAAACAGGACAACACUCGGAUACACGGAGGACCCCAGCUGUUUCUGCCCCGAGGGCCGCAAUGGCAGCUGUUGGUGUC